AUGGCCGAGGCGCCCCUCCGCGGGGCCCACCCGUGCGCAGGCUCGGUGGGUGUCCGCGCCCCCGGCCCCGGUUCUGCCCCGUGGCUCGCGGCCUUGGAGGCCAGCGCCGUAACGCGGAUUCAGAGCUCGGGGGCGCCCCCGCCCCCCGCAGCCGCCACACCUGAGACCGCGUUGUCAACCACUGGGUGGCGAUGCGGGCUACUGGCCGUGAGCCACGUUUAUUCCCGCGUAUCACGGCGACAGUGCGGUGGCACCUCCGCCUCGGCGGCCCCAAACGUGAGCGGCGCGGUGAGACCCCUUUCCUGGCGCGGGCCCCUGGCGGCGUCCUGGGCGGGCAUUAGAGAUGGAGGGCGGCCGUUCCCGCGCUCCUGGCGUUGCGGUCGCUGCGGCUGUGGCGGCCCCCCCGCCGGGGCUUCCGAGUCUGCAGAAAUCCUAGCCAUAGAUACGCCUCAUUCCAGGAAUUCUGCUCUGUACCGUCUCACGAAGCAGCUAUUACAGAAACAUCACAAGAAAGUGAGGCCAGUUCACGACUGGACCGUGGCCACCACGGUACACCUGGACGUGCUUGUCCAUGCCGUAUUGGAUGUGGAUGCACAGAACCAAAAAUUAAAGACAAGUAUAUGGUACCAAGAGGUUUGGGAUGAUGAGUUUUUAUCCUGGAACCCCAGCAUGUUUGAUGAGAUUAGAGAGAUUUCUCUACCUCUAAGUGACAUCUGGGCCCCUGACAUCAUCAUUAAUGAAUUGGUGGACGUUGAGGGGUCACCUGACCUUCCGUAUGUCUAUGUGAACUCUUCUGGGACCAUUAAGAACUCUAAGCCUAUGCAGGUUGUUACUACAUGCAGUUUAGAGACAUACGCUUUUCCGUUUGACAUCCAGAACUGCAGCCUGACCUUCAGUAGCAUCCUGCACACAGUGGAAGAUGUCAACCUGGCCUUCCUGAGGAGCAGAGACGACAUUAAGCAAGACAAGAAAGAAUUUAUGAAUGACAGUGAGUGGGAACUUCUUUCCGUGUCCUCAACAUACAACAUCCUGCAGAGCAGCGCUGGAGAUUUUGCACAGAUUCAGUUUAAUGUGGUGAUUCGCAGGCGCCCACUGGUCUACAUCGUGAGCCUGCUGAUUCCCAGCAUCUUCCUAAUGCUUGUGGACCUGGGGAGCUUCUACCUACCACCCACCUGCCGGGCCAGGAUUAUGUUCAAGACCAGCGUGCUGGUAGGCUACACCGUCUUCAGGGUCAACAUGUCUGAUGAGAUGCCAAGGAGUGCAGUGAGCACCCCUCUGAUUGGGGUCUUCUUCACAGUCUGUAUGGCUUUCCUGGUUAUCAGCUUAUUUAAGUCCAUCCUGUUGGUCAAAUUGCUCCAUGAUGAGCGGAACAGUGGGCAGGAGCGGCCCCUCUUCUGCUUUCAAGGGGACACUGAUGUCGAUGGGCCUAGAGUAGAUCCCAGAGCCCAGCUUGCUGGGGUUCCAGAGCCCAUCUGUCGAGAGCACCUGGCCCCAACAGGAACCCUGGAGGAAGUCUGGUUCCAGCUUAAAUCCAUCAGCACCUACUUCCAAACCUGGGACCAGUCAGACCAACAGGAGGUUAAAUGGCUGGCCCUCCUGGAACGUUUUGACCGACUGCUCUUUCAAGCCUACACCAUCAUGCUGGGGCUCUAUGCUAUCACCCUGUGCUCCCUCUGGGCCCUGUGGGGCAGCUCGUGGAGACUCAGGGCAGGCUAAUGGGUUUUGUAGAGAGGAAGGAAUGGAGCAUAAUGGGUUAAAAAGCUCCUCACCUCUUGUUACAGUGCAGGUGUUCACACCUGCUGAGGUACUGAAUGACCUAGGAUGAAUGUAUUCAUGACAAAAAUGUCCAGAUAUCUCAUGGUAUACAGUGAAAAGGAAGCUUGCCUUCUUAUUCUAUUUCACUCCCCAAAACUGACCACCAUUAGCAAUCUCUUUCAGAAAAUGUCUAGGUACAUUACAUACAUACAUGUUUUGACAGUUUAGGUUUUUUUGUUUUUUGUUUUUUAAGUGUAAGAUCACUUCAUCUCCCAGUUCUAUCUUGGUCAUUCAGUAAACUGAAUGACUCAGUUUACUGAGUGUCAGUUAAGCCUUAGGUGUUAUGUUAGGCAGACCAGAGAAUACAAAAUAUGUCAUUCUUCACUCGACUCGAUUCCCAAGGACAAUCUUGUACAAAGCAGGGUGCAAGAUUCAAGGCACAUCUGUGUCCUGAAGCUCUUGUUCCCGGUGUCUCAGAUGAGCACCUCUUCCCCUGCACCACAUCACUGUUGGAGAGAAGCCGGGUAACAAGCCCAUCAGACCCAAUCUAGCACAACAUUUAGCCAACACACACUAUGUGUAAGGCCCUGAGCUGGGGGAUAGGCUUCAUGCAUGGUCCUUGGGUUCAAGGAGAUUAUAAUCCACUAUCGUUUUAUUGGUCUACAAGGGCUGCCAUAACAAAACACCAUAGACUUUGUGGCUUUAACAGAAAUGCCUUUUCUCACAGCUCUGGAGGCUGGAAGUCUGAGAUCAAGGUGUCAGCAGGGUUGGCUUCUUCUGAGGCCUCUGUCCUUGGCCCACAGAUGGCUGCCUUGUCCCUGUGUUCUCACACGGCCUUCCCUCUGUGCAUGUUCAUAUCUGUAUCCGAAUUUCCUCCUUUUACGAAGACACCAACUAUAUUGGAUUACGGCCCACAUUAAUAAUCUCACCUAACCUGAAUCACCUCUCUAAAGGCCCUACUCCAGAUAUGCAUUCUGGGGUACUGGGGGUUAAGACCUCAACAUGAAUUUGAGGGUGGGUAACACGAUUCAGUCCAUAAUACUCUCAUGGCUGUGGAUGCUUGACAAGUCCAAAAUCUGCAGGUAGGCUGGCAGGCCAGGACCCCCGGAGUAGUUACAGUUUGAGUCCAAAGCAAAGGCAGGAGUGUCUGCUGGCAGGAUUCCCGCUUAUUCCAGGUAGCCCGUGUUUUACUACUGAGGCUUUCAACUAAUCAGAUGAGGCUCAUUCUGGAAGGGAAUCUGUUUUACCCAAGUUUACUGAUUUAAAUGUUAAUCUCAUAUAAAAAAUACCUUCACAGAAACAUCUAGAAUGAUGUUUAAUCAAAUAUCUAGGUCCUGUGGCCUAGCCAAAUUCACACACAAAACUAACCAUGACAGUCCCAAUGGUCCUGUACCUUCCCUCUAUGCCCACAUUUAUUUGUUAAGACAGAAGAGCCCUAAUGACAGGGCACUUGGGUGACUCAUCAACUUCUGGCUCUUACUCUCUAGUAGCCAAAUCUGCACCAACUAGCUUAUCUUAUGACAGUUCCCGUGGCCCCAUAGCUUGAAUUCUAAGGUUAGAGCUCAAGUCUUCCACAAAUUUUCCUUCCUCUUAUUUCGACUUUCUUCAUUUCGCAUUGCUUCUUUUAUGGAGGCUUCCGUCUAGCCUAACCGGCUUGCCAUUCCACCCAAACCUCUGCUGCUAGUUGACAUAUUCUUUUGUUUCACCAAUCUGUGUGCCACUCCGUCUAAGAACCCUGCUCAGAACAGCCUUCCCCCACCUUCUUCUUCUGAUCAUCUCAUGACUCUGUCCCCUUCUCUCUAUCUUUGGUAUUAUCCUCUUCUAUGUCCUUCCUCCUUUGAAUAUUUUAUGGCCUCCUAUGUUUAUGUGUACCUAUGUGUGUGGAGUGUGUGUACAUAGGUGUAUGUGUUGUGGGGUAUGUACGUGUGUAUGCAUGUGUGUACGCAGGUGUGUGUGUGAUGUGGGAUGCAUGUCUACAUGUGGUGUGUGUACAUGUAUACACAUGUGUAUGUAGGUGUGUGUUGUGGUUGUGUGUACAUGAGUGUGUUGUGUGUACAUGUGUGCUGUGCAUGUGCAUUUAUAUGUGUGUGUACAGAUGUGUGUGAUGUGGGGUAUGUGUGUACAUGUGUGCUGUGUAUGUGUGGAUAUGUGUGUUGGGGUGUGUGUUGUUGAGUAUGUGUACAUGUGUGGGGUGUGUGUACAUGUGUAUGUGCAUCACCUGUCACACAGACCACAUACUCCUGGAAGAGUCACCCUGUUUUCUAAUUCUAGUUUCUGUCCCAUCUCUGCCCGGGUCCACACAGAGUUUUGCUCAUGGCAGCUGUGCAAUAACCAUCGCAGAGCAAUUCAUCCUAGUUCACUGCUGAUGUUGGACACAUUUCUCGCGUGUCUUCCCAGGUCUGAGGGGAGAGUCGCCCCAAGGUCAGACUCCCUGUCCUCCUGCGUCCCUCUGCCCGCUGUCAGGGCAGCCAUCGGGAGCUUGCUGGGUAGACCACAGUAGGCUGAGCGAGAAUCAGCACUCCUAAUACUGUGAGUGGAGGACUCAAAAGUCCAAAGCUGUUUGCUAGGAACUUUUUGCGGCGCUAAAAUUGUCUUUAAAAAAAACCUACCCCCCCUUCCCCCUAAAGAAAAAGAAUUUAAAUUCAAACAGCCUUUACCUGCAUCCUCCCUCUCUCAUUACCUCCCAGUUAGUGCUCAACGCCAAUUGUCCAUGAAAUUCCACUGCUGCUGUUAAUGAAAUGAGGAACAUAAGAAGUUUGUGAACAGGAAGUGUCCAUGCAAGCCUCCACCUGUUUCCCUCCUCACUUCCUCCUUUCUGUUCCUGGCCUCCUCUGCCUCUACCUGCUGCCACCACCUGCUAGAUUGCUCUUCACUUCCUCGGUUAUUAGAGGGGCAAAGGCCUGCCGUGAGCUCCUCACUACCAAGUCUCCUUCCUUUCCAGCUGUCCCUGGAGAAGGCAUCUGGUUUGGGUCCUGGCUCCAUCACUAUCUAGCCAGGGGACCUGGAGCUAACUUCUCAGAGCUUCAAUUACCCUAUUUGGCAUUGGGGUUGCUCCGACUCACUCUACCCAAAUCACAGAACUCUGAGGAUCAGAGUGAAGCCAUGUAUUUAGUGGUACUUUGAAAAGUAGAUGAUACAUCCCAAAAUAACAACAAGACCUGCCUGCUGUCAACAGAUGGAUUCUCGUCUUAAGGUGUGAGGUCCUUGUUCCAGUACUUCAAUCAGAGUCCAGUUACGGGCUCUUGUUCUCCCUGCAGGCGCCCUCAUUCCAGGAUCCACAGGCCAAGGACUGAAGCCAUCGCAGGCCUUCUAGCAGGGGCCGUGGGUGGUGGGGCUUCCACUCUCCAUGCAGCCCCCCUUCGCUUCCUCCCCAGAGAACGUCUCCAGGUUCUUUAUGUCUGCUUGGAAGAGUCAGCCCUUGAGGAGGGAAGCCUUGGACCUCCGUCCAAGCACCAAGUGGCCGUGACCUCGACCUGGCAGCCAGGGCCCAGAGGCCCUGUGCAGAGGGAGGAAGACAAGGCGCCCGCAGCCGUUAUUUACAGAGCAGCUUCAGCUCGGCUCCUCCAAAUGCUUAGAAGUUUCACGAUUCCUGUUUCACAGAGGAAGGAAACUGAGGAACAGAGCAAAAAUGGGAUUCUCCCAGCUGUGAAUGCUCCGACCAUCUGCCGUUUCCCAGAAUCUAAGGUAGUUUCAGAACUCACCAAGAAAUCGCAGCUCCAAUUUUGGGGACUUCGCUGACGUCGAGAGUAAAGGCUGAGCUAAGCACCCAGGCUAGACAGGCAGCCCUCUAUUUUAUAUGUCAUUGGAUCUCAGAAUAGCUUCCAGAGCUGCUGCCGUGCUCCCCCACAGCCUGCCUGCCGCCCCGUGCACAGCCCAUAGCCGGGGGCUCUGGCUCCCUGCGUGUCCUCCAGGGGAGGAGCUGUUGUGGUGGAGGAAGCUGAGCCCCUCGCCUUACACCUCCAUGACCUGGCCAGCUUCUGUGCUCCAGCUUUGAGCCUGGACAGGUCAGACCAGGAAGCAAACCAAAGAGAUCACAGCUCCAACCCCAGGGACAGCCAGCAUGGAACUGCCCCUGGCUCUCCGGGGCCCUCUCCCUUCCCAAGGAUCUAAAUAUACACAUAAAGGCAGGGUUAGGGAUGCCUGGGUGGCUCAGCAGUUGAGCUGAGCAUCUGCCUUGGGCUCAGGGCAUGAUCCCGGGGUCCUGGGAUCGAGUCCCACAUCAGGCUCCCUGUGAGGAGCCUGCUUCUCCCUCUG